CUCCUGAAAUCGCUUAGACCGCAAGGAGGUCAGACCGAGACCGGUCAGACCGAUGCCAUGCUGCCAGACCGGAGCCGGAGCCCCUUCGGCCAUGGGCCCUGUGGGCCCUGUGGCGGUGCCUUCCCCAGGCCCGCUGUGGUGGUCCCGAGACCUUUCCUGCGGGUGGCCUUGCAGCAGACCCAAGGACCGGUGGUGGUUCCACCCCCAUUGCGACCGUUAGUACCACCUGCACCACCUCCGCCUGAACCGGAGAAGACCCAGGAACAGAAGGACCGAGAGGCACACAACCGUCUCCAUGAAGCAGUGGAGCGGAACGAGGGCUUUUUGAAAGCUCACUUGGGCUAUCACAUCCAAGGGAGCGAGGCGGGGCCCUACACCGUGGUGUCUCAAGAGGCCUUGGGUGUCGGCGUCUUCUCCGUGGUUUGGCCAUGCGCCGACAAGGACAACAAGUUGGUUGCCAUGAAAGUGAUCCGCCACCAGGACCACUUCCGGAAGUAUGCCAAUCGGGAGGUCGAAGCCCUGCAGAGGGCGGCCGCGCUGAAAGAUCAGGACCCCGAGAGCGCAGCCCAUGUGGCCUUGUUGCGGGACAGCUUCGUUCACAAGGUGAGCAGUCCUCAGGGAGAAUUGGAGUACCUCUGCAUGUGCUUCGAGAAGUUGGAAUCCAAUCUACGAAAAGUCGGGAAGCAACCGCUAGAGAAGGUGUUGCAGUUUGGGAAGCAAAUCAUGCGAGCUCUAAGAUACCUCCACGACGUGGUGGGCAUCGUGCACUGCGAUGUGAAGCCAGACAAUUUGCUCCUCCGUUGGGAUGGCCUGGCCGUGAAAUUAUGUGACUUCGGGACGGCAAGGCCGUCUCCGGAGCUUCAAGCUCAGGACGAGCUACAGCCGCUCUUCUACCGCGCUCCUGAGGUGAUCUUGGGAUUCACGCGGGGCCGGAAGAUCGACGUUUGGUCCGCAGCUUUGACCAUCUAUGAGCUGAUUGUGGGUCGGAUCUACCUGCGGAAUUGCCACACCCCGCGGGAGGUGCUGGAAGAGAUCAUGCAACUUCGGGGACCCGUCACGAAGGAGAUGCUGCAGGGCCGCCUGGCGGCGGCCUAUGUGAACAGCAAGGGCUUCCACACCGAGACACGGCAGGUGGUCUCCUUGGAAUCCUAUCAGAAGAGGUCCCUCUUUACGGAGCUUGCCUCAUUUGCAGAUUAUGGCAAGGAGAGCAAGAAGGCAGCAGAGGAGCAGGCCAAAGCCCAGCUGAGUCGACUCAUCGGUGCAACGGUGGUGGGAGCGACCAAGCGCGCAGGGCCAACGGCUGCGGAGAAGAAGCUGAAGCAAUUGGCUGAGCUUUUGGACAGGUGCUUGGAAGUGGAUCCUCAGCAGCGCCUCACCGCGGCCGAGGCCUGCGAGAUGGAGGUCUUUAAGGACGUGACCUUGCUCUCUAUCGUCUUUGCUUUGUGUGUCGUGAAGACACCAGUUCCGAGGUGGCAGCCGAUGUACAGGGUAUUUGUUAUCCAUGACAAUAACACGUCUUGCUGCUGAAACUGUUGAGGGUCUAUUGCUGGGAUGUGAAAUACUUUAACAACGGUUUAACAGUUAAGCUGACAUGCUGGUCAGCCUUUUGCCGGGC